CUUUCUCAAGCUCCCCCCGGUCGCCGCACGCGCCAAUUCCUGUCGAAUGCCAUUUUGAACAUUUCCAUCUUCUCGAUCCCCCGAUCCCAUCGAUCCUCGACACGCACCGCAUUUUCCCUCAAAACAUCGCUCUCUCUCGCCCGGCCGUUCCCUUCAGACCCUUUUUCUCUCUUCCAACCACCUCUGCGAUUCCUCAUCACCAGUCUUUGCUAGACUGUUACCCUCUCUCUACAUUUACACCACAUAAACCCUUGUUGCCAAUUGCGACCUCCCUAGUCAGUCGAUACCCUUUUCCUGACUGCUGAUCGCACUCGACGGGACGUCACCACCGCAGCCUCUACCCGACCCAGUUGUAUCAGACCACCAAUCUCUCCCGCAGUAAGACUUGCAUUGCAUUCUUAUUCAAUCGCUUCGCACCGAGCACGUUGGAACUAUCCUCCUCUGCCCACGACAGAGGAAGGCGUCCGUCAUAUCAUUCCCACCACACCUCCAAGGCCCCUCUGAACCUUGCAAAUCGACAUCUACAAGGGCCGCCUUUUAGGCUCACAUUCAUCCUGUCAUUUUGGGACCAGCGGCCUGUCCGCUGGGCGCAGGAAAGUUGCGUCCAACAAUGGAAGUUCAGACGCAACCUAGAGGAGCACGUAUCUUCUCGAUCUUAAACGAUAACGACUGCCCCUCGUUUGUCAUUCGUCACCACGAAUCGUCUCCUUCAGAAAAGACCUCUCCCUCUGUCUCUCCACGACCACGGCUUGAACGACCUCACCUCGUUCGCCACGCGGGCUACUACCGCACCUCUUCCUUUUCUUCCACCGCCUCCACGCCUCCUCUCUCGCGCCAAUCCUCCUCCGAGUCGGGAUCGAGCAUGGACUCAUCUCCCUCCCCGAUCACGCCGGCGUACAACUAUGUAGAUAACACGCUGCUUCCAUAUGACCCGAUGAUGCGCCAAGACCUGACGGGGUACCUCCCAUCCCCGUCAACCAUUACCCCAUUUCUGGAACAACAACUGAUGAUCAAUCCCAAUAUGGCCGAUCCUCAGUAUCCUGGCAAGCCAGCUGCUAUUCCGCCGAUCAUGGCUCCUCAGUAUCCCCUCGUUCCGGCUCCUUUACACCCUAGUCUUCAGCCUCUUGCGGUACAUUCUCCCAUCUCAACUGCCCUCCCACCACCCUCCACCUCUGCACCGACAUCCUCUACCCAGUCUUCCACCUCACCUACCACGAGCGCGGCUGCUCCGGCGAAAAAGAACAAGUAUCCUUGUCCUUACGCCCAGUCGCACAACUGCCAGGCCACCUUCACCACUUCAGGCCACGCUGCUCGCCAUGGAAAGAAACACACUGGAGAGAAGGGGGUGCAUUGCCCAAUCUGCAACAAGGCCUUUACACGCAAGGAUAACAUGAAGCAACAUGAACGUACCCACAAGGGCUCGCAGUCAGGGAGUAACAGUGACGAUUCCAACCGGAGAAGCAAAGCUGCCAUUACCAAGGAUGCACUGAAAGCCAAACAGAUCAAGAAACAUGACAGCUUGAACUCUGAGGCUAGUCGUCGAUCAAGCCUGAUUCAUUCUCCCCUGUCUGACGGCACGUCUCUGGCACCUACCGCUGUUGAGACGCCUGUCCUGACUAACGAGGAAUCCUCUUUCUAUCCUGAGCCCCCUCAAAUGCUCAUGCCUAUCCACUCUAUCCCCGAGAGUGUUUCGCCCAACUCACUGUAUCCUCCACUGGCCGAUGAUUCUCUUCUGGGAGGUCCCCUCCUUCAACAGCCAUUCCCUUUGAAGGGACCUAUUGGCAAUGGAAUGGUUGCGAAUGGCCUCAUGCCCCCCACUCUCAUACGAGGAUUUUCCGACUUGGACACUCUUGCACAGGCUGCAGAAAGUUUCGAUCCUUAUUAUCAAAAUUCCCAAGGCUUGUAAUGCCACAACAAUCAAGCUGGACCGAUUUGCCCUUGUUUCAGAAAUUUAAUGAUCACGAUAUGGGAGGUUCUCUUUAGUUUGGACACGUUAUUUCCGCCUAUAUCUUUGUAUCCGGGCACAGCGCAGGCGUUUCCUCGGUCGGAGCACAUGAAACGAAAGGUGCUUAUGUUUCUUGACGCGAAGAACACGAUUUUACUUUACCUUGACUGGCGGCGUUUUUUUGAAGUAUCAUAAUCUCUAUUGGGCGGGAACAAAAACAAACUGGUCCCUGUCCUCUACCUAACAUCCACAACAACCAACCACCGACACCACCACCACCCACAUGAUACCCGCCACUUGUAUGAAUUUCUCCUGUAUUCUACUACAGUAUUUUGUCCCUUUGUCGAAAGCAAAGCAAAGCGAUAUGGUGAGGGGGAAACGCGAGGUACACGGAUACAAAGUUCUACUCAAAGCAUUGAAUCUUGGAAUGCCUUUUUUUGAGUACGACACCCCUUCCCGAAGAGGAGAAGAGAAAAGCCCUUGGUUAGGGUUAAUAAGUUGGCCAUGUAAAGAUACUUUGUAUAGUUUGAUUGCAGAGAUGCAAUCUCAUUGAAUAUUAUUACAUGGCGAUAAACUUUCCUCUUUCUUUGCUUUCGGUUGAUUGCUUGUUAACAAAGAUAUUCUGAAGAGGUGUUGGUACUGGAAGAUAAGACUUCCAUUGUACAAGUCUUCCAACUUGACUGUUUCUCCGUUCAAGAUUGUUUCCCGUUCAGACAUGUCGUUGUUCAUUCGGCCCUCUCAUACAAAGGUAUGAUUGUGAUGACGUUACCCUGUAAAAGACACAUAAUUUUGAUUUGGCCGUCAAGACUUGUCACAGGAGUUGUCCGACCAUGUGUUUGCUCUCAAGGUACGGGCGAGGUUCAGGUACUCGCCACUUUGUAACAAAAGCGAUCAGAGGGAUCGGGGGUUUUGGUUUUUUGGUUUUCAAAAACCGGACCUCUCAAUCUGUUCAAGAGGGUCUUGUUUGACAUGAUUACACUGCAUGUAUAGAUAUAUAUAUACACACCCAACGAAUCCACGGUCUCGACGAGAAACCUCUGCGGUCUGAUUUUACCCAACAAGGUGAUUUGCCUUUUUUCUUUCCCCGUUACUCUUUCUUUUGCGGGACGCUCCUCUCAGAUACCGCCGGUGUGUGUUGUUAUGAUUCAUGUACUUCCGUGGGCCCCGUGCCCGUACUACCCGAGAUACGUACUGCGACAUUUUCCCCCCC